CCCUACGUACGCAUUUCUGGGACUUAUAUUACCGUAACUGGACUAUUUCGGAGUACCAUGAUAUUCCGCACCAUCAAAAUGAAAUCUCUCUGCUUCCAUACUAGCUCAGAUCCUCUCCUGCAACUUGAUACCAUGAUUAGAUGCAGCGUCUGCCUGGUCUUCCAAAAAAUGCGCUCCCAAGACACCUGGGCAGAUACUACGGUCUCCUAAGCGACUUCAGCUACCAGGUUCUAAGGUUGUUGUCGCGCGAUAUCAGCACAGCCCCAUGUGCCCCCAGCCACCACAAUGCACUCGCCAACAUCACUCAUCUGCCACACCUAGCUAGACACCACGGCUGCAUAUCCUCAGCCCCCAUUCCAAACCCAAAACGAGACCCACACUCCGGUAUUUACCACACAACCUCCCUACGCCUGCAGCAAACCCAAACACCAAAGUCUCCCCCACUAUCUCAGCCCCCCAGCGCUGCAGCCGUCACAAAGACGUGACUGAUUCGACCUUCGGCCGAAGUGAAAGCAAUCCCCCACGUUCAGACGCCGGCGGACCUGUGUGGAGAUCAGGAUGGAUGGUUCAAGGUACCAUCAUCCUAGAUCCCAGUCUGGCAGUGAAGCACGAUAGAUGCACACUCGCUACGAAUCUUGGUGCCUGACUCCCGGGUUUCCUGAUGUGGGAACUGUGGAAGAUGGUCGCCGGGAGGAUUCGGCGGGGCGUCCGAGUUGCGAUCAAGGCUCUUGACCAUCUCGGCAAUCCUUCGCCAAGGUUG